AUGACUAUGAUCAAAGAUGAGAUUGAUGACCAUCGUUUCGGACCCCUGAUUCUUUGGAACCCUUCAAUUAGAAUGUCUAUCACUCUUCCUCGACCUUGCAUUGAUGUGCCGGCCAACAGAGGCCGCUGUGUUCAGGGGUUCGGUUUUGACCAUAAAAGUAACGAUUACAAGGUCGUGAGAAUAGUCUACGAACAAUGGUUAUCUUUUUCACCUAAGGCGGAACUGUAUAAACUCCGCACAGGCGUUUGGGAGACGGUUUGGGUUGCCGACGAUUUUAAGUAUAAUAUAUAUGCGGAUCCGCAGGUUCUAGUGAAUGGGGCAAUCCACUGGGUUGGAAAUCAUUUAAGAUGUUGGCCAUCUUCCGGUCCUGAAUUGGAAUUUGUUGUUUUGUUGUUUCAUAUGUGUGAUGAAGAAUUCCAAGUGAUGAAGUUUCCGGAUCGUCUAAUAAGUAGUUUGAAGAAGAAUUAUGCUGAAAUUGGGGUUUAUGGUGGAUUGCUUUCUUUAAUGGAGUAUAUCCCACAACAACAUAUUGAUUUCAGCUGUACCAUUUGGUUAAUGAAGGAAUAUGGCGUAGCAGAGUCUUGGACUAAACAAUUUACUGUUGAUUUAAAGGGUCAGCCCUUUGGGUCGAUCUUCAGUUUUAUUAACAACGAAAAGAUUUUGUGGCCUGGUUAA